GCAGUCGGUCUCGACGACAGGGUUGCGUUUCCGUACCCUGCAUUAUACAAUGUGGCCGAGAGCACGUGACAACGGAACAAGCCCAAUGUAUAUGCAUCCGCUGCUACGGAAUCAGCAGUAGAUGUAUGGAACGGCUGUCGCCGACGAUAACGAAGCACUCGCCGCGUUUCGAAAGUGAAGGUUCCCCAUUCUACGCGACAGUUCGUGCAGGGCUCCUUUUAGCUCUCGUUGACGCUGAUCUGGGAAAAGUGUCUGACAAAGCCCAGCAGCGAUAAGCUCGGUAAAGAAAGCCACCACGCUCUCGUGUGGGCGUAGGAUUCGUGCCUGAAGACGCCGCCAUGCCGGAUCACGGACCGGGACGGGUGCACCGUUUUCGCGACCACGUCGUCGCCGGCGUCAACUGGCGACCGACGCGGUUCGUCGACGAGGUUCCCAGUUCACGUGUGUGCAGCCUCUGCCGUAUGAUCCCGAAACGGACGGUGCUGUUGCCGUGCGGUCACGCUCUGUGCCAAUCUUGCCACGCAGGCAGUCUCGAAGAGAGCUUUCAGCAGUGUCCAUUGGAUCAAGUGCAAUUCGAAGAAGCGGAAUGCGGGGGUUAUGAAUUCCCUGCCAGAACAGCGAACACCGUGAAGGUAUACUGCUGGAACGAAGCGCACGGCUGCGAGUACACGGGCACCUUGGACCACAUGCUGGAACACUACGAGAACGAGUGCACAUUCCACACCAUGGAGUGUUGGCGAUGCGGCGAGGGAGUCAAGCACAGAGACCUGCCGAUGCACUACGCGGCCGGAUGCAGCGCCGGUGUUUCUACCACGAUCUCGGAGUCCUCGCAACCUACAGCACUCACCCCUGCAGACGUGAACGCUGCCCUUGAAGACGUGAAGGCGAUGUUGGGAUGCCUCAACCACGACCAACUGCUGCCAGUCAUUCAGAGUCAGUUCAAUGACCUUAAAGAAGAAGUCAGAAACCAAGAAGCCAGGUUCGCUGAGAUCACUCACGAGCUCGAAGCGUGCGAGCGCAACUUAAAGGCCGAGAUGGAUCAAAUUGCCGCCACGAUCUCAUCGCCCAUGUCGCACCAGCGGACAUAUCAGCAAAAUCCAUUGGAAGAAGCCAGCACGUCGAGGUCGCUGUCGUUGCACUCGGGACAGGAUCUGAUACUUCGAAAAUUGGAAAACUUAGUCCACCUGGAACACUCCCUGAAAACUUCCGCGAAGCCUGAUUUCGGCCGUGUCAUUGUUCAUUGUGAGGCCUUACCCGGUGCCUUUCAGCAUUUGACCAGUACGCUGUCGACAACUGCGCACAUUAAUGAAAUGCGGUUGUUCGGUUAUAUGUUGACCCUGGAAAACUGUGAGGAAAUUAUUAAGUGGCAGGGAAGGGAUAAAAAGUUUGCUGAGAUUACAGUGUGGCACAUGAGGGACACCUACUUUACGAUUGAAGUUUCGAAGUACGGCACUUCUGCAUCUACACUCGUUGUGCAGAUCGAGUUUAAUGGGAUGCUGGUGGACUCCAAGUGUUGGCCGCCCUUCUGGAGGGUAACAUGCAAUCAACGCUCGUUGGCUCCCGGUGCCAAGCGUUGUUACUGCAAGCGCCAUGAUCCCUCAUUGCCGCACUUCCACCUCAAAUUUACUGCAGACAUUGCCUCGAUGGAAAAUGACGGCUACCUCCGAGACGGAAAGAUGGCGUUCCAUAUCUUGCUCAGCGUUACAGAUAUGUACGGUGGGAUCAGUGGAGCACCCUAACGUUCGUCAUCGCAGAAUGUGCACUGCACCGGUGAAUCCUCCUCGCCACUUCACAAGAUGUGUCACAUGAGCUUAACGAAUUUUCGAUCUCGUUUCUAGUAAAUAAAACGAGCUCUGCGACAUCUGUUUUUUUUUUUAAUUUGCUAUCCUUUCUAAGUGUCAACCAAUUUUUCUUGACUUUACUGGCCGUUCAUUUUGUUUACUUCUUGUGCUAAUACAGUUUUUGUUCCUACA